CUCUGAGAAUAGCCUCUUUUUCUUACAAAAUGAAGUUUGUUUGUUUAUGUAUUGUUAUUAUUUAUUCAGUACAAACAUCAUUCACACUUCCUCAAAGAUUUAAACGUGAUGCUAAUAUCACGGGAUUACGUGAACUUGAUGCCGUUCCUAUCGAAGCCAGUAGUGAAGUUGUGGAUACUGUUAUUGUCAAAGCUGUCGAAAUACCCGAAGAAAGGGUAACAUAUGAAGGCUCACAAUUGUGGAGAGUCCUUGCCGACAAUGAACAAUCUGAUUUUGUGUCUUAUCUUCAAGAUACUGGAGAAGUUACCAAGUGGACUGGAAAUGAUUCAACGGUUGAUGUUCUUGUUCGUCCUGAUAUGAUUCCACGUGUAUCGCGCUUUUUACGCGAACGUCAGGUAAAAUAUGAUGUGAUUAUACCAGACAUUCAACAAGCAAUAGAUCAAGAAAAUCCAUUGCCAUCACCUGAAGAACUAGAAGAGCUUGAAGGAAGAAAAGCUCGUUAUGCUUGGUGGAAGGAAGUCAAGUUACGACGUAAUUUAUAUUUGCGUCCUCGUGCUCCUCUUCAUUAUCCUGUAGCUAGUGUACAUGGUGAUGGAAAAGGCCUUUGGCAAUACAAGGGUCAUCGCAUGGAGUGGUCGAGCUAUCACCGGUUGGAAGAUAUUCACGGUUUUCUGGACUACCUUGCUGAUACAUUUCCCGAUCUUUGUUCGGUAAUGUCUAUCGGAAAUUCGGUUGAGGGCAGGCCUCUUAAGGUCUUACGAAUAAGUAAAGGCGAUCCAAACGUACCAGCUAUUUGGAUAGACGGCGGGAUUCACGCUCGUGAAUGGAUUUCUCCUGCAUCUGUGACGUAUAUUAUUAAUUAUUUGGUUGAAAAUAGCGAUGAACUUCAAGCUGAUUAUUAUAUUUUACCGGUUGUUAAUCCUGAUGGAUACGAGUAUACUUUUCGAGGAGACAGAUUGUGGCGAAAAAAUCGUAGCAGCCCCGAAAAAGGUGGUGUGUGUAUCGGCGUGGACUUAAACAGAAAUUUCGGGUAUCGAUGGGGAGGCCUUGGUACAAGUAAGCAGCCUUGCAGAGAAAUUUUUGCAGGCACUGGGCCGUUUUCAGAGCCUGAAACAGCGGCAAUGAAAAAUUUCUUUGAAGCAAGCGCUGCUAAUUUCAAGGCUUAUUUGUCAUUCCAUAGUUAUGGUCAAUAUAUUUUGUAUCCGUGGGGCUAUGACAGAAGAGUACCACCAGAUUACGCAGAUUUAGAACGUGUAGGGCAAAAAUCGGCAUCAGCGAUGAAAGCUGCGGGCGGUUCUGGUAGUAUUUACACAGUAGGUAAUAGUGCAACGACACUUUAUGCGGCUGCUGGUGGUUCUGAUGACUGGGCCAAGGCGAUUCUCAAGAUCAAGUAUGCUUAUACAAUCGAAUUGAGAGACAAGGGUAAAAGUGGCUUCAUUCUACCGGCUCGUUAUAUAAUUCCUACGGCUAAAGAAGCACUUGCUGCUGUCUUAACAAUUACUGAAGCUAGUAAAUCUGUAUAAAUAAGUAAAUAUUUAGUUUAAUAUUUAUUUUUCAACGGUUGAGGAGUUUGUGAUAAUUUAUUAUAUUUUUAUAUAUUUCUUAACCAUUAUUUAUGUUA